AACUCCUGGUCCAGAGUCUUCAUGACUACGUGGAUGAGCUGAACUAUGACCCUCUUCCCGUCAGUGACCUUCGAGCUGUUGUGCAGCAAGUAAGUUAGAUUUUAUUUUUUAAUUAAAAAAAAGUCCACAUUAUAUAUUGAACUAAAGUAAGACAUUUGGGGUUGUGGUCUGUCUCCUAACAACAAUAAAUGUUUGUGUGACUGCAGAUGGCCACCGCACUGCUCCACCUGCAGACCCUGGCUGUUAUUCAUUGUGACAUAAAGCCCCAGAAUAUUAUGGUGGUCGACCACAAUCAGCCACUCAAGGUCAAACUGAUUGACUUUGGAUUGGCUCAGCAGAUCUCCGAGCCUCCAUCUUUUGCAGGGACCUUUUGGUACCAAGCUCCAGAGGUCCACUUAGGGUUGGCCUACGCAGAGGAGAUCGAUAUGUGGGCGCUUGGUGUGUCUGUGACUGAGCUGGCUAUUGGAACGGCCCUGUAUCCCGGAGAACAUCCCUAUGAUAUGAUAAAGUUCAUCGUGGACACUCAGGGUCUGCCCCCAGAUCACCUCCUCAGGUUGGGACCACACACCAACCACUGUUUUGAGAGACAGCGUAUCAACGGUCAGGACACUUGGACACUGAAGACUCCUGCACUGGUGAAGAUGGAGACAGGUCACAAAUUCUCUGACACCAGACAGGUUGUGUUGACCUGUCUGGAGGACAUCAUGGAGGUAGGUGCUCACUAGUGGCCUCUCAGUCUUUCCUUCAACCACCUUCA